CAAUUCCAGCGACAUACACAAAUAGCAUGAUUCGUUAUCUCCAGUCAAAGUUAUCUAUCGCUUUUAGAACGCGAUUAACACGUUAUGUGCACGAUCUUUAUUUAAAUAAAGAGAACGGUUAUUAUAAAGCAAUUAAUCUUGAUAAUAGAAUUAAUGGUGCUGAUCAAUUCAUAACCACUGAUAUAGCUCGUUUUUGUGAUGGUCUUGCUUCUUUAUAUUCUAAUCUGGGUAAACCAUUAUUGGAUACAAUUAUUUUUAAUUAUCAAUUAACAAAAAGUAUUGGUGUUGCUGGAAUGAUGGGGUUAUUUGGAAAUUACCUACUUACUGCAUGGAUAUUAAGAAAGGCCACCCCUGCUUUCGGUAAAUUGGCUGCUCAUGAAGCAAAAUUGGAAGGCGAUUUUCGUGCUGCACACACUCGCCUUAUUACUAAUGCUGAAGAAAUUGCUUUUUAUAAUGGUGCCGAUUUGGAACUUUCUAUUCUGGAUCGUACUUAUACAAAACUUAUUAAACAUAUAAAUUCCAUUUUUAAAAUCCGUAUUGCGUAUAAUAUGUUUGAGGACUUUAUAAUCAAAUAUUGUUGGAGUGCGAUUGGACUUUUAAUGUGUUCCGUACCCGUUUUCUUUCCUUCCUGGGGCGGCCGAGGAGGCAGGCAAGAACUGGAUGGUAGUACCAUCUAUGGAAAAGAAAGAGAUCGCACAAAAGCAUUUAUUACUAAUAAAAGGCUCAUGUUGACACUUGCUGAUGCUGGAGGUCGUAUGAUGUAUUCUUACAAAGAACUUGCUGAACUCGCUGGUUAUACUUCUAGAGUCUAUAAUUUACUUGCCGCUUUACAUUCCCUGUACGCCGGUGAAUAUGUUGCAACACCUCGUCCAUUGGAUUUUCCCGAUGAUCAAGAAUUUUACUCACUUGGUGAUAUACGUGGUGAGGUUCUUCGUGGUUACGAUGGAAUAAAAUUUGAAAGUGUCCCGAUUGUUGCACCUAACGCAGGAAACGAGCGAGGAGGUGAAGAAUUGAUAAAGUCAUUAAAUCUUGCGAUACGUCCUGGUGAACAUUGGUUGAUUACUGGACCAAACGGUGUCGGUAAAACGAGUGUUGCGAGAGUAAUCAGUAGAUUAUGGCCUUUGUUUCGAGGUCGACUAUCUAGGCCCGAAGAUAAAGAUAUUUUUUAUGUUCCCCAACGUCCAUAUCUUAGUAUAGGCACUCUUCGUGAUCAGAUCAUUUACCCACAUUCUUUGGCGGAUAUGAUUCGUUCCGGCCGCACUGAUCAAGAACUGCUCGAUAUUUUACGUAUAGUUAAAUUAGCUAGCAUACCUGAUCGUGAAGGUGGAUGGGAAACUCAAAAAGAAUGGAAAGAUGUCUUUUCUGGUGGAGAAAAACAAAGGAUCGGAAUUGCAAGACUUUUCUACCAUCAUCCAAAGUUUGCAAUUCUGGAUGAAUGCACAAGCGCUGUGAGCUCUGAAGUUGAGGGAUUGAUGUAUCAGCAUGCAAAAGAUAUUGGCAUAACACUUAUUACCAUAUCCCAUCGACCAUCUUUAUUCAAAUAUCAUUCGCAUUUACUACGUCUUGGAGAUGAAGGUACCUAUGAAUUUUCGGCUAUCGGUACUGAACAAGAACGUAUGUCUUUGGAUAAAGAAGUGGCUGCUUUAGAGGCCAAAUUAAAGGAUGUUGAUUCAUGGAAAGCUAGAAUUGCAGAAAUUAAUAUGGAAUUGCAAUUGAAUAUAUGA